AUGUCUCUAGCUGUCAUCAUGCGAGGAGGCAAGGACGCGCUUCAAGGUGAUUGGCUAGCGCCGCAAAUACUGAAAGUCGGUUUGAGAGCAGGAAACUCUGCUGCAACAAGUCAAGAUGGGCAGCCUGAUAUUAAUGGCGUGCAGCAACAUGCAGCAAAGCAACACGCCACCAGUUGCAGGGUAAGGGAAGAUAAGCAGCAGCGCGACAGAGACCGGGGGUUCUUUCAAGUGACAACAUCUCGAGUGAUAUGUUUGAUGGUUGGCUGGCAUCAAGAAGUGGCCGCAGCGGCCAGAUCCAUUUUUAGCGGUUGCUGUCGUCAUGGCGGCGGCGGCCUUGGAGACGGGCGAAGGAUGAGGGACGGUGGCAGUGAACGGGGAGUGGCGGCGAGUCAGGAGGUGAAGCACAGCAGCAAGACACAAAGACACAGCAGGUGGGCAUUGGAUAGACCGCUCGUUCUAAGAAGCUUUGUUUUCGAAUACUGUUUACCAGUUCUAUUCGUAUUUCCCUCGGAUGCCCCUUUCAAUCUCGCGGCAGCUAGCAACCUGUUAGUUGUACUGUACAAGGGUCCCGGAACCCUGUCACUUGAUUUCUCUCUGCUAUUUAUUCCCUGCUAUUUCGUGCUGCACAUUCUUGCCCACGGACCGUGGCCCCAUGCAAUCAAGAAACAAAUCUGUUUCCGGGUCGACCCCACAGGCAUUCGAACAUCUCUGCGAGUUCAGUUCACAAUUGUUUAUAUUUUUUUGUCUAAUAAUAGGGAACAGAAAGAGCUGGAUACCAGCACUGGUCCAGAAUCCGCCCCGCAUCUGUUGAGCAAGACUCGUUGCCAAUUUGGUACGCUCGAAGCGACGACGGUCGCCAUACACCCCCCUUUAUUUACCUUGGAGUUUCGCGCUACUGGUGCUGUUAUUGCUGCUAGCAGUCUGCUAGUCUAUCGCUCGCUUGAGGGUCUCCCACGGUACCUCAGACACCUCUUUCCACAGGCGUCGCCCGCAGGUACCUCGAUUGCGGUCAGCGAGCUGCUACCCGGCUACAGCAGGAUUCCCAUUUCUUCUUCUUCCCUCUACCUCUCGCGAAAGCAGGGCACUCGUCAACUCCCCUUUCUGCUCUGUCCUCCGCUAGAGGCCCAGAGGCCCAUCAUGACGACGACAGCACCCCCAGGCUCCGAUCUUUCGCACGCCUCGCCCUCGCGGGCGCCACCAUCCCGGUCAUAUUCCACCCGCAGAGAUCCAUCACACCCAUCUCGUUCCUCGGCCGCUCCAACGGCCACCGCCAACUCUGCUUCUCCUUCUGCCAGUUACCAGCAGGCACCGCGCUCCCAUCACCAGCGCCACCCGUCUUCCUCGCACCGCUCUGCCAACCAGGUUCCGCCGCUGCAACAUGACUACGACACGACGCGCAUAGCCUCUCUCCCCAAGCGCAGUCCCAGCCGCGACAUCCCCAAGGGCCACGACCCCAACCGGCCUCACAGACACAGCAGCUCUCGUUCUAGCCAUCCUCAUUCGCAGCAUACCCCCGAGCAUACCCCCGACAUGCCUUCUGCUGCCGCGGCCAAUGCCGCCCCGCCGUCUUCAUCCCACGGCCGCUCCUCGCACGCGGGCACCGACGCCCAGUCUUCCCAUGCCACCAAACAAUCGCGCUCGCGCACCACCAUCCCGACCCAGUCUGGAAAAUGGAUUCUUGGCAAGACCAUUGGUGCUGGCAGUAUGGGCAAGGUGAAACUUGCCCGCAAAGAAGACGGUAGCGAACAGGUCGCCUGCAAAAUUAUUCCUCGUGGUUCGACCGACGACAAUCAUCAGAGCCGUGCCGAUAAAGAUCGCGCCGAUCAGUCCAAAGAAAUUCGCACCGCUCGUGAAGCCGCCAUUGUCACCCUCUUGAACCAUCCCCACAUCUGUGGUCUGCGUGAUGUCGUUCGUACAAACUACCACUGGUACAUGCUCUUUGAGUAUGUUAAUGGAGGCCAAAUGCUCGACUACAUCAUCUCCCACGGUAAGCUCAAAGAGAAGCAGGCCCGCAAGUUCAGUCGCCAAAUUGCCAGCGCUCUCGAUUACUGCCACCGCAACAGCAUUGUUCACCGUGACUUGAAGAUCGAGAACAUUCUCAUCAGCAAGACCGGUGACAUCAAAAUCAUUGACUUUGGCCUGAGCAACCUCUUUGCCCCGCGUGGCCAUUUGAAGACGUUCUGCGGAAGCUUGUACUUCGCCGCCCCAGAGCUACUGCAAGCCAGAGCCUACACUGGGCCAGAGGUUGACGUCUGGAGCUUCGGUAUCGUGCUUUACGUACUGGUUUGCGGCAAGGUACCAUUCGACGACCAUAGUAUGCCUGCUCUCCACGCCAAGAUCAAGAAAGGUCUCGUGGACUAUCCGAACUGGCUAUCAAGCGGUAUGGUUUCCCACCUUUCCACCAAUUCCACCCAUUAUCUGUUACUAAUCGCCGAUGCAGAAUGCAAACACCUCAUGUCCCGUAUGCUUGUCACGGACCCAAAACAGCGUGCGACAAUGCAAGAAGUCAUGACCCACCCUUGGAUGAUUAAGGGCUACAGCGGACCACCAGACAAUUAUCUACCUAUUCGCGACCCUCUGACAAUGCCUCUGGAACCCGAGGUUGUGCAUGCCAUGCAAGGCUUCAACUUUGGUUCACCAGAGAGCAUCAACACCCAACUGUCCAAAAUUAUUGAAUCGGACGAAUAUCAGCAAGCUGUCAGGCUAUACUACCGGGAGCGAAAAAUCUCACAGCAGAUCCCCGAAGUGGAAAAGAAGAAAAGCUUCGGCUUUGACUUUUACAAGCGCCGCAAUUCUGGCUCCGCCAGCCGCGACACGUUGAAUCACCCCAGCUCCGAUGCGCUACAGCUGGGCAGUGAUCCCCUCAAUGCUUUCAGCCCCUUGCUGUCCGUCUACUACCUUGUACGGGAGAAACAAACUAGGGAGCAGGAGAACCCUCUCACGCAGACACCCAUAUCUUCCAAGGAGAAGGAUAAGCAGAAAGAGCGCGAGCGUGAACGUGAACGCGAGCGAGACAAGGAAAGGGAUCGCGAUCGUGAUGCGCGUGAUCGCCCGGGCGAUGCCAUACCUGAACUCGCACCACCCAAGGCAGCGCACACCAACGCUGCCGCAUUCGAGAUGCCUGGCGAGAAGCCAACUGGUGGGCGCACACGACCACGCGCCAGAACACACGGAGAAGACGAUGAGCCUGACGUUGUCAAGCAGCAGAAGCCUCAAGAAAAGCCAGAGCCUGCACCGAAGAAGGAAGGUACAGCAGCUGGCAUUCUACGUCGCUUCAGCACGCGUAAGCGUAGAGACCCACAACGCCACGAAAGAGACCGUUCGCACCCCCCAAUGGUUCAUAUUCAGUCGCCUCCCGAAGCGUCGCCGAUGACGCCUCGCAAGAGCUUCAGCAUGCGCCGAUCGCGGCCUGAUCCAGAGGAGCUGCGCUCAGGUGGAAGCCAGCCGCAUCACAAGGAGCUUCUCAGCCCGCCGCUCUCUUCCGGAGGCAGGUCCACUAAGUCUGGACUUGGGCGCUCAACUAGCGUCAACUCUGGCGACACACGCCGUCGCGAUGUCACAAGGGUGGCUCGCGAACAGGCUGUGACUAGCGGCAGUGAUCAGUCAGUGGAAAACGAUAGAGGCAGCCACAAGGGUCAUGCUCACUCACAAUCCAUGACCACCAGAGCGAAAUCUCUGGGUCAUGCCCGCCGAGAGAGCGUUCAGCGUCGCCGGCAACGGCGAGAGAACCCAAUGGAUUCCAACGUCCCAGAAGAGACAGACGGAGAUGUCGAGCAGAGUGGACAGUCUACAGAGCGGCUAGCAACUAGUGAAUUGGCAAAGCCUGUCUUCUUGAAAGGGCUGUUUAGCGUGUCGACAACAUCGGGCAAGUCAGUCCCUGCUAUCAGAGCUGAUAUACGCCGGGUGCUCGACCAGCUCAACGUGGAGUACACGGAGAUCAAGGGCGGUUUCAGCUGCAGACACUCGCCAAGCAUCGACCUGAACAAGGUGCAGGACCCCCCUAGCACAUCUGCCGGGCCCUCCAGCGGCCACCGACGACGCUUCAGCUUUGGAGGAUUGCGUCGUGGGGAUGAUAGGGAUGACUCUGACAGAGGCGGAGGCCCUCUCACUCCCCGAACUCCCGUGCGCUCGGAUCGAGAUCGCAGUGAUAGGGAACGCAGCUACUCAAACUCUGAAACGUCGGUCGACAGCAUUCCACGGAGGAAUGGAGGCACAACACGGCGGGUACCCGGAGAAACGAGCACCCAGGUGCAGAGUGAUCUUGGUGGCAGCAUGAUUCUCGAAUUCGAAAUUUUCAUCGUCAAGGUGCCGCUGCUGUCGCUACACGGCAUCCAGUUUAAGCGCAUGGAAGGCAACACCUGGCAAUUCAAGAACAUGGCGGACCAGAUUUUGAAGGAACUAAAACUAUAA